AUGUCAAAAUUGCUACGACCAUGUUCAAGCUCAUCUCGUCGUCAUCUUUCCUACAUCACCCCUCGUCGGCUCGAACCCAUCUUCUUUGUUUCACACCGACAAAACGCCUCUUCACACCUGAUUCAAUCAAGAUCACCUGAAAAAGGAAAGGGCAGAGAAGUUGACAAUGGUUACGGUCCGACUCCCACCGGAGAAGCAGAGGUGGAUGAUUUGGAAUGGGAUAUGAGAGUGGCUAAAGCUAUGUUGCACCUCCAAGAUACCUUGCCUUUACUUUUUGACCCUACUCAGUCAUCCUCCAGUCUGUUCCCCUCCGAUAUCUUCAGCAAGAAUGUCAUUCUCAAGCUUCCCUCUCCCUUACCUCUCAAGAUCUCUUCCUUGUCAGGGUAUCAAAUGGCUUUCUCCAUCGCUCGUAACGGUAUGCAAGCUCUACACACAAACUUACAUACAAGUCUAGAUCGAAUGUCCUUCUCUCCCUCCCCAUCUUUCUCUCCCACUUUACUUCGCGGUACCUCAGAUGUAUCAACUCUGCCCAAACGUCAAAAACAAAUACGCGUUCUUCUUCAAAUCUAUGGAAAACCUCGUUUACCCCCACACAAAGAAACAAUAUGGCAUACUUCCUCUAUGUACUCUUUCUCUCCAUAUAGCGGGUUGAUCAACCUCCACGAAGUAGAGACGAUCAGACCUUUACCAGGCGAAGGAGUGGCAGAAUGGUUGAUGACACAUUUGUUGAAUUUGACUCAUAGAGCCGGACAAGGAGAAGGGGGAAUACCCGCUCCUGGAGGAGCAGCUUCAGUUACUGCUCCAGAGGUACAGGUUGUCAGGUGUGGAUAUGCUGAAGGGGGAAAGAAGUGA